AACAAAACCAUACCUGUUUUAUCUAGCUCUAAAAAUAUAGUAAAAGUCCGGAUAUCUUUUUCGAGCCCAACCCUCUAAUGAACGCGAAAAAAGCGCAUUUAGCCAUGUUUGCGAUAACGGUCGGGAUAAUAAUAGCCUGCAUGAUUAUGAUCUCGGUGUUUGCCGGAUUUAAACAUGAGGUGGUCAAAUUCAAAACUAUGCUGGUCAGCAUGGUGAUAGUGCUGAUGUUCCAGUACCUGAUCGGGGACCCCAUCAAGUUUGUAAUCCUUGCCUUAGACAGGACAUUCUGGCCGCCAAAGAUUUAUGUACCACCUAUGAGCGAUGAAGGAUAUAAACACGAUCGCAGGGACUUCCUGAAGCAACGCCUAGGCAGCCAGAAAUCUAAUUUGGUGAUAUCAUCGCAGUACAGGAACUGGAAACUCAACGAGCAGUACAAGUUGAUUGCCCAUGAUCUUUUCACCUACGGGCAGUACUUUCUCUGCUUGAUGUGCUUGGUUCUGGUUACGCGAGAUGAAACACUCUAUCAUAAUACCAGGAUCAUCAAGGAUCUGUUUAUGUUCAAUCACACGGAUUACACGGGUCUAAAGGAGGUAUACUUUCUGAACCAGCUGUAUGACUUUAUUGAAUCCACGCUGGUGAUAGCUUUCAAUUCAAAUUCGAGUACUGGAACUGCACCUGGUUGGGUUCAUGCGGAGCAAACGGUUCUCUUGGGAGUGAUUCGAUUGCGCCAGCUGCGAGUGAUUGAUCCGGAUAUCGGCUUGGAUAAACCGGAGUUCUCGGAGAUGUACUAUAUGCCUGAUUGGCAAUUGCCGUACCGUCGACUGCACUAUGCUGAUAAGUAUUGGCGGAUCUAUGAGCCCUGGAUCCCCAUAACGGUGAGCUUCGAGUUCCUGGACGGCCUCCUAAUGAACUUUGAUCAUGUGGGCUACCUUAACAGUUAUCCGGAGCUGUCGGGCUACGUCAGUCUGCUGGCCCGGAGCACGGGGAAUAGCAUGAAGGUUUUGGACUACCUUAAUGAAUAUCACUGGCUGACCCUAAACACCUCGGCGGUGUUUAUCGACUUUACUCUGUACAACGUAGAUGUGAAUCUGUUUAGCAUUUGCACUUUGCGGGUGGAGAAGACCCCUUUUGGCGGCCUAGUGCCGGAUGUUCAGGUGGAAAGCGCCAAACUCCUGGAGAACGUAGAUCAGAUGCCCUAUUCUGGGUUACUGGCCUUGCUUAUAUAUGUGGUCGUUUUUAUUCAGUUCUCCCAGACGCUGGCCACCAAACUGUGGUACGAACCGCGACUGCUAAAAAGUAUUUGGAACAAACUGGACCUGUUUAUCUUUUUGGUGAAUCUAAUGGUGGUGGUGCUGGUGGUUCUGCGCGAGGCCUUAGUAGCCAAUAUGAUGAAGAAGGUCGAGGGUGCUAGCAAAAUGGAGUUUAUUGACUUUCGGCGACCAUCGCGCAUGCACCAGUUGACCACGAUCACGAUUGGAUUUUUAAUAUGCAUAACUACACUUAGACUAUGGCGCGUAAUGCAGUUCUCUAGUGUUUUUGAGCUAUUCACCCGGACCCUUUACUUGGCCUGGGCGGCAGUGGCCAGCACGGCCAUUGCCAUCGUUAUAUUCCUCAUGGGCUUCUGCUUCGCCGUCGUCACCAUAAAUGGUAAUAAUAGCAAGAACUUUAAUAGGUUUGUUAAGAGCAUGGUGAUGUGCAUGUGCUUUUCCUUUGGCUUCAGUGCCCAGGUGAAGCCAUCGGAAUUAUUCCAUGGCGGUAAAUGGUUGGGCAUUCUUUUGUACGGUGUUUUGGCCUUCGUCAUCAUAGUGCUUCUGAUUAAUGUUUUUGUGUCCUUGAUCAACGAUUAUUUCACCAUUGCCAAGACCAUGAGAGACUCGGAGACUGACCAUCGGAUUAAUUUCUUUGAGUUUCUGCGAGUCGAGUUUUCGGGAUUCUUUCGCUGUAUCCAGAAUUUACCCUGCUGCCGACGAAAUUACGUCCGUAACAAUCGUACGGUGGCGCAGAAUGUGAGCAGGAAACUGGAUGAAAUGGAAGCAAAAAAAGCCAUGAAGCAGAGGCAACGACGCGGUUACCAAGUGAUCCAUCGAGAAUCGAAUGACGAUGCCCAGUCGGCGUAUAAGGAUCGAGGCGAAAGGAUAAUCAACGUAGGAAAUAUCCUGAGUACACAGUUAACGUUGCUCAGCAUGCUCCUUUUUAAUGAUGAUGAAGAAGAGCAAGAUCAGCCGGAACCCCGGGAUUUUGAAACGGAUGUAGAGGGAGGAAAAACCACCGAACCAAAAAAAAAUAAGUCCGAUAAUGAAGCAGAAGCCUGAAAGUAAUUAUUUUCUAAAUAUUGAAAUGCUGUAUGUUAAAUUUAACAGGAAAACUAUAAAACUU